GAGUGGAACAUUGUUUUAUCCGCGCGUGAAGCUCUCCCUCCCGUCGGAUUGGCUGGUUUCAAGAGAGGGGGCGUGACUAGCCGGUGCGUGUUGUUUAAAUGGGUUUGAAGCCUAGAAGAAACAGCACAUGAGUUACCGCACGCCGCAAACAAGAAGAGAAACGUGGAGAUUGCUGUUCUUAUGCUUCAUAUCAAAUGCUAUUAAUAUAUUACGUGGAAAGAACAAAAUCAAUGAGAAGACAGUGUGGAUAGUAAAACCAUUCGUUGGAUAUGUACAUAUGAGAACUGUUUCGUGUUCAUUUACAAAUGAAUAGGACAUUUGAUCGAUGAUAUCACCAGAGCAAAUGAGAACGGAGUGAUUGCCCCAUCCUUGGCCCUUUCUGUCAAUCAAAAGGUCCAACUGGAGCAAAGAGACGCCUCCUGCGUCCGGCUCUGAACAGCCCCACCAUUUCCUGCUUGUGUUGGUCCCCGUGAGUGUUUCAAAACUGUUUCUCCAACGCUUUUUCCAGAAACUAAGACUGUUUUCCAAAGCAGAAACAGCACAGACCUCCCAGACUGAGGUGAUGGGAAGUGUGCGGGCCAACCGCUACAGCAUUGUGUCAUCAGAGGAGGACGGUAUGAAGUUGGCCACUGCUGCGGUGCCAAAUGGGUACGGUAACGGGAAGAGCAAGGUUCACACCCGUCACCAAACCCAGAGCAGGUUUGUCAAGAAAGAUGGACACUGCAACGUGCAGUUCAUCAAUGUCAGCGAGAAGAGCCAACGCUAUCUAGCCGACAUCUUCACCACGUGUGUGGACAUUCGCUGGCGAUGGAUGUUCGUUAUCUUCUGCUUGGCCUUUCUGCUGUCGUGGCUGUUUUUUGGAUGUAUCUUCUGGCUGGUCGCAAUAUUCCACGGAGACCUGGAGAGUGGCAGUCCCAAAUGUGUCUCCAACGUCAGCACCUUCACGGCCGCCUUUCUCUUCUCCAUCGAGACGCAAACCACUAUCGGCUAUGGCUACCGCUAUGUUACAGACGAGUGCCCCAUCGCGGUGUUCAUGGUUGUAUUUCAGAGCAUAGUUGGCUGCAUCAUUGACGCCUUCAUCAUCGGUGCUGUCAUGGCUAAGAUGGCAAAGCCCAAGAAGAGGAACGAGACGCUGGUGUUCAGCCACAACGCUACGGUGGCCAUGAGGGACAAUAAGCUGUGUCUUAUGUGGAGGGUGGGCAACUUGCGUAAAAGCCACCUGGUAGAGGCCCACGUUCGGGCUCAGCUUCUCAGAUCUCGCACCACAGCCGAGGGAGAGUUUAUCCCUCUAGACCAGAUGGACAUCGACGUGGGCUUUGACAGUGGCAUUGACCGCAUCUUCUUAGUCUCACCGAUCACUAUCGUCCAUGAGAUCGACGAGGACAGCCCUUUCUAUGACAUGAGCAAACAAGAACUGGAGAACUCUGACUUUGAAAUUGUAGUUAUCCUGGAGGGCAUGGUGGAGGCCACGGCCAUGACCACACAAUGCCGUAGCUCCUACGUGGCCAGUGAGGUCCUGUGGGGACACCGCUUUGAGCCCGUCCUUUUCGAGGAGAAAAACUAUUACAAAGUAGACUACUCUCGCUUUCACAAGACCUACGAAGUGCCCAGCACCCCACUGUGCAGCGCGAGAGACCUUGCUGAGAAAAAAUAUAUCUUAUCCAACUCGAAUUCUUUUUGCUAUGAGAAUGAGGUGGCCCUUUCAAACAAAGAGGAGAAAGAGGAAGGGAACGGGGACAGUUUGGGCCCUGGCGGAACAAACACAGACACUAGCUCAGACUCUGACCACAGCCAGGCCACCGUUCCCUUAGAACCGCGGCCUCUACGGCGGGAAUCCGAAAUAUGACUGUGCAGAACUAACGGGAAGGUUUAACAGACACCUCUUCAUACAGGCACAUUGAGCUGAACUGAGCCACUCGGCGAGGCAGACUCAAGCUAACGGUACAGUUACGAGGAGGAAUCGACAGAGAAACUGUACAAGAGUGUUCUUACGAAUAUGCAUGGUUAAAUAAAACACAGCAUAGAGGCACUGCACAGCUAAUGAAGAAUGCACAUCAAGGGAGGAGAAGAGAGAGUUUCCCAUUUAGGCGACACUACCUUUUUAGACCGUUGCUUCUGAAUGACACGAAGCAGAGAGGAUGUAACUGGUUUGCAAAACUUGAAAAUGAGCAGGCAUGUGUCCAUGUGCAGUUGUCCAACAAUGUAAGAAUGAUUCAGACCAAUAUUUUUAUUCAGCCUUUGACUCAUGCUGCUACCAAAGUUGAUAAUAUCGUUAUUUAUCGUUACAUGCAGAUAUUUAGUUCUGUCAAUUGAAUAAGGCAAUGAUAGUUAAUAGAAAUAACAUUAUAACAUUAACACUAUUAAUGAAGAAAAAACACAGCCAAGAGUGUUAGUCAAUGUCUUAAGUAUCAUUAAAAAGUCCUGUUCCUACCAUCUAGUUAAUUAUUCCAUUAUCCCCUCUUUUCCUUUUCUAUUUGAGUCCGUUGGCCUUUGUGUGAGCCAUGGGUAUUUCUGGAACAGUCUUGCGGGGGGCUUAGGUGGGUGAGCUCUAUUUGGGAAUAUAAUUCAGUGUCCUUUCUUUUCAAGAAACAUGAAGUUGGAAGCCCUCUGCAGUACAUUUCAGGUUAUCUGAAGAGAAAAACGCACGGGACCAUGCCUGUUUAUUGCGAUAUAUAUCGGACAGGGUCUUUAGAUCAGUAUCAGAAUGAGAAUCACAGUCGUCAUGUCCGCAGGGACAAAGAGAGUGAACGUGUUAAUGAAUGUCUUUCUACAAGUGCUGCUAUGUUGCAUAUUAUAUAGAGUUUUAGACUUAAACCAAAGAGUAUUCAAAAUGAUCUUUCAUAAAGAAUGCAUCAAAUUCUUUUAUUAGACGUAGGACAUUAGGACAAGUCAUGACGUGGAGUAAAAAUAUAUAUAUUUGUAAGUGAAAAGAAAUGGUUUUUGUUUGCUUACGCACAUAUAUGGUUUAUUUUUAUUGAUUAUUUUCUUAUUCUAAGCCAAAUAAAGACUACGAAUAACAAAGCCCAUUGGAAAUAAGAGAGCUACAGGUUAGCUUACCUUAUUUUCAAACCUCUACCCCCUCCUUUUCAUCCCAUGACUUCAGUGUUACUGUAGUUUAGUGCUACUUAAGUGUUUGGGUUGGAAAAUGUUGCUAGAAAACCUUUAGAUUUAAGGUUCUAAUUGCAUGGAUUACAUAUAGGUUCAUUUACAAACUGUGCGAGUGUAUAAUGGCUGAACGGUUUGGGUUUUAUUGCAAGAAAACGGGACAGAAAACAGAAUCCACUCUCCCUUCUGACUUUAAACCUCUCUAAUAAUUAAUUAUUUCUCAAUCAACUCUAACCUCUUGUCUUGCCUGACAAACUGCAAUACAACCCUAACGACUUGUUUGGCAGGUGUACCAAGGACUGUGUAAUUAGACUGAGAUCAUGGUACUGUGAUCCAAUGACAAUCAGAACACAGAAUCUGAGCUCAGAACUGCACUUGCACACAAAAUGUGCUCCUGAGAUAUCACUUGACAUUUGAUUGUGAUGUCUAACUUGUCUCCUCUCACCCUUGCUUUUUAAAAAAAAAAAAAAAAAAAAAAUACCUGAAGUAACCCAAAACAGCCACUAGAGCACGUUUCUCCGGAAAGCUCUAUAAAAGGAGACAAUAAAAUUAGGGGAUAUUUAUUUUGAAAAUACUGCACGUUAUAAGGCUGUGUUAAACAUACAAAAGAGUAUAAAUUGCUAUUAAUGCUGUUUUAUCCUUUUUCUUUUUUUUUCUUUUUUUGGCAUGUCAUUUUUCAAAAGACACUUGAUGAGCAGCCAAUUAUGCAGUAAACCUGGUUCGCACUGGUCUACUGUUGGCUUGUUCGAAGGAAACGCUCCUUGUAAUGACUGUGGGUCUAUAGGCAGCGUUUCUUUCUCUUUGUUGUAAAUAUCCCCAUACUUUAUGCAGUUGCUUUUGUACCAGUCUUCCCUAUUGUACUGAAAGAAAACAAUGGAAUGUACAGAUUUUUAUAUUAUGAUAAAUAUUAUUGUUGUUCUUAUUAUAAUUAUUAUUAUUGUAAUUAUUAUUGUACAUGCUAUUUUAUUUCUUUUUUCAAUAAAACGAGAUUGAAUGGUCAAAA